CCUCUCCUCCGCCUGCCUUCCUGCCUUCCUCUCGGCCCGGCCUUCCCCUCCCCUUCCCCCUCCCCCGCGCGCGUCCUCCGGCCAAGAUGUCCGACAUGGAGGAUGAUUUCAUGUGCGACGACGAGGAGGACUACGACCUGGAAUAUUCUGAAGACAGUAAUUCUGAGCCGAAUGUAGAUUUGGAGAAUCAAUACUAUAAUUCUAAAGCCCUCAAGGAAGAUGACCCUAAGGCAGCACUCAGCAGUUUUCAGAAGGUUUUGGAACUUGAAGGUGAAAAAGGAGAAUGGGGAUUCAAAGCAUUAAAACAGAUGAUAAAAAUAAACUUCAAAUUGACUAACUUCCCUGAAAUGAUGAACAGAUAUAAACAACUAUUGACCUACAUACGGAGUGCAGUUACAAGGAAUUAUUCUGAAAAAUCCAUCAAUUCUAUUCUUGAUUAUAUAUCCACUUCCAAGCAGAUGGAUUUGCUUCAGGAAUUUUAUGAAACUACACUUGACGCUCUAAAAGAUGCUAAGAAUGAUAGAUUGUGGUUUAAGACAAACACAAAGCUUGGCAAAUUAUAUUUAGAACGAGAAGAAUAUGGGAAACUACAGAAAAUAUUGCGCCAGCUCCACCAGUCAUGUCAGACUGAUGAUGGAGAAGAUGACCUCAAAAAGGGUACCCAGUUAUUGGAAAUCUAUGCUUUGGAAAUUCAAAUGUAUACAGCACAGAAAAAUAACAAAAAACUUAAAGCACUAUACGAGCAGUCGUUGCACAUCAAGUCUGCCAUUCCUCAUCCACUGAUCAUGGGGGUCAUCAGAGAAUGCGGUGGUAAAAUGCACCUAAGAGAAGGCGAGUUUGAAAAGGCUCACACUGAUUUCUUCGAAGCGUUUAAGAAUUAUGAUGAAUCAGGAAGUCCAAGGAGAACGACAUGCUUAAAAUAUUUGGUCUUAGCAAACAUGCUGAUGAAGUCUGGAAUAAAUCCGUUUGACUCCCAGGAGGCAAAACCAUACAAAAAUGAUCCAGAGAUUCUAGCAAUGACAAACUUAGUAAGUGCCUAUCAGAAUAAUGACAUCACUGAAUUUGAGAAGAUUCUGAAAACCAACCACAGUAACAUCAUGGACGAUCCCUUCAUAAGGGAACACAUUGAAGGUAUAGCAGUGCAAAGAAGUUUUGUGAUCUUAUUUUCUCUGCUCAUCGAGUUAAACAUAGAUGUAGCUGAUGUGGAGAGCUUGCUUGUGCAGUGUAUACUCGAUAACACUAUUCAUGGCCGAAUCGAUCAAGUCAAUCAACUCCUUGAGCUAGAUCAUCAGAAGAGGGGCGGAGCACGGUAUACUGCGCUAGAUAAAUGGACCAACCAACUAAAUUCUCUCAACCAGGCCGUAGUCAGCAAGCUGGCUUAACCACGAACAGGCUCUUUCGAAAUGUACUUAAUACAACAGCGCAGUGAUGUAAACCUUAAAAACUGGGAAUGGCAAAACUCCUGUCGGUUGGUGUGCCCUGAAAUUAUUGGAGUUAAUGGCAGAAGUGCUUUUUUGAUCAGCUGGUUUGUGUUUUGCUGCUGCAUUUAUCCCACGAAAAAACAAAACAGCUUUAAUCUCCAGAAGAAAACCAAAAUGCCAUGGGAUUUAUGCUGUGUUGACAUCUUGCCCUCACCAUGCAACACCCUCAUAGUAUGUCAAGGGGCAACUAAUGACGAGAGAGAGAGAAAGAGAGAGAGAGAGAAGGUUUUGUUUGUCAUGAUUUUAAAUACACUGACACGUUCCUGUUGGUUUAAAUUUAAACAUAUUUUACCUGCAGAAAAAAAAGAUCUCUCACACAGAAAAAAAAAUUAACCUGCAAUAACUUGAAACGCAUACCCUUUUGAACACUUCCUUUUUCUCAUGUAUAAACCGAAAUGUUUGCUGCAUUUUGCAAAAUGUCAAUUCUCCAAAAAAUGUGUCCGUAUAUUUCUGUACCUGCAGUGUAGUCAAGGUUUAGAAGAAACCCCGUAAUUAUGGUGGCAUACUGUCACUUAGGUUUCAAGCAGCAAAAAUAAACAGUGCAGUUCAGAAAUGGUA